AUGGGUCGACUGAACAAGGUGAAAAAAAGCUACAAUUCGAGGGGAUGGGCAGUGUUCCUCGACCGAGCUACAAGUAGAGGAGGGGCAGUGUUCCUCGACGGAGCUACAAGUAGAGGAGGGGCAGUGUUCCUCCACCGAGCUACAGGUAGAGGAGGGGCAGUGUUCCUCAACGGAGCUACAAGUAGAGGAGGGGCAGUGUUCUUCAACGGAGCUACAAGUAGAGGAGGGGCAGUGUUCUUCAACGGAGCUACAAGUAGAGGAGGGGCAGUGUUCCUCAACAGAGCUACAAGUAGAGGGGCAGUGUUCUUCAACAGAGCUACAAGUAGAGGAGGGGCAGUGUUCCUCAACGGAGCUACAAGUAGAGGAGGGGCAGUGUUCUUCAACGGAGCUACAAGUAGAGGAGGGGCAGUGUUCUUCAACGGAGCUACAAGUAGAGGAGGGGCAGUGUUCUUCAACGGAGCUACAAGUAGAGGAGGGGCAGUGUUCUUCAACGGAGCUACAAGUAGAGGAGGGGCAGUGUUCUUCAACGGAGCUACAAGUAGAGGAGGGGCAGUGUUCUUCAACGGAGCUACAAGUAGAGGAGGGGCAGUGUUCUUCAACGGAGUUACAAGUAGAGGAGGGGCAGUGUUCUUCAACGGAGUUACAAGUAGAGGAGGGGCAGUGUUCUUCAACGGAGUUACAAGUAGAGGAGGGGCAGUGUUCCUCGACGGAGUUACAAGUAGAGGAGGGGCAGUGUUCCUCGACGGAGUUACAAGUAGAGGAGGGGCAGUGUUCCUCGACGGAGUUACAAGUAGAGGAGGGGCAGUGUUCCUCAACGGAGUUACAAGUAGAGGAGGGGCAGUGUUCCUCGACGGAGUUACAAGUAGAGGAGGGGCAGUGUUCCUCAACGGAGCUACAAGUCGAGGGGAGGGGCAGUGUUUAUACCAUAGAAUCUGGAUGGAUUCUAGUUCUAUUGUUAGACAUGCCAAGUAUCGUAUUAUUUUAGCUAAAUUCUGUUUGAUUUCCUGAUGGUGGCAUCAA